UACGGCGACCAGUCAGUACGCCGCGCGCCGCCGAUCGAGGCGUUUGUAUACGUGCGUCACGGGCCAUUGUCUCGCAACUUAAAACAUACAAGUGCAUACCGACUCAUAACCCGUAUAUUUUCGGAGAGUGCCCACUAUUUAUACCGUGUAUCGGAGCGAUUCCCAUCCUGGCUUACGUUCCUCGCAAAUGCGGGCUUUGGACAUCUGUGAAGAGAAAAAUAAAUAUAGCGAUCCGAAGCAGAAGGAGCGCGAGGCGCCUGCGUGGCGUCCACCUCACCGCGCACGCUGAUGACAAAAUAAAUUGUGAUGCUGACACGUACAGGACCCUAUAGGAAAUUGCGUCCUAGAGGACGACGGAGGACGUUGUAGCACAACAACUAGUUACAUAUUAAGUGCAAGUGCCUAAAUUGUUAUAAUAAUGUUGGGGAACCGACGUAACUUUAUCUUUAGAGUGAGUAUCGUCAUCAAUAUUGCCGUGCUUUUGUACGCGGCGCUGCAUCUCUCCGGCAAUGGUACGCCCGGAGUGGAAUGGGUACCUAUCACAGUCGACGGUUCCGAAAGGACCGCAGAAUUUCGAUACCUCAACAGAGACGAGGUGCGGAAUGAAACGGAAACUAGACCAAUCGAAUCGAGUGUUAAAAACAUUGAAGAAUCUACUUCUCAAAAAACGCCUUCAACGAUGGCGACAACCAAUAAAACGGCAUCGAGCACGGCAUCGAUUGCAGAAUUAGAGAAAAAACUACUUAGUAUAGUGCCAUCAGAACCAGAAACGACCAAUGAAACGAUACUCGAUAUUGUCGACGAGAACGCCUUGACUGACGCGACUCUAGCGCGGCUACGGACGCUCCUCGGCUGCAACGAGAAAGAUUUCCUUCCUCAAACUAUACAAAGAGGUGACUUUUGGGUGUUGAAAAAUUAUGUGCGCGCCGACCAUGGAAUAAUACUGUGCCAUGAAACUAUAACCUACACUACACACGCUGGUUUCGAGUUCCUGGACAACGUGCAGCCUCUCGUUGAAAGAUGGAUGGCACCAGUAAGUCUGGCUAUACACGCGCCGGGUGCUGACUUGGCGCCUACCGUGGACAGCAUCAGAUAUCUCCGUGAUUGCCUCAACAACGAUCUCAUCAGACAAUACGUCACUUUCCAUGUCUUCUUCUCUAACAAGCAUAUACCUAGUAAGAUUCCAGACCCAGAAACCUUUCUCUUGACACCGUUUAAUUGUACAAGUCGACCUCCGUACAAUGUGAACGCGUCAUCAACGUAUAUGAAGUCCAAGAGUUUACUGUACCCAGUAAAUGUGGCUAGGAACGUCGCUCGGGAUUCCGCUUUAACUCACUUUAUACUACCAUCAGAUAUAGAGUUGUAUCCAAGCCCGAAUCUCAUACCUCGCUUCUUGAAUAUGAUCGCUAGAAACGCGAAGCCGUUAAACUCCACCAAGCCGAGAGUAUUCCCGAUAAGUAUCUUCGAAGUAGACGCUAAAGUACAAGUGCCGUCUACUAAAACGGAACUGCAAGCUAUGUUGGUGAAGAAAACGGCCAUCCCCUUCCACAAGUAUGUUUGUCCAAACUGUCACAAUAUACCACAGGGACAGCAAUGGAUGAAUGCAGCCGAAACUAGCCAAAUGGACGUAUUCCACGUUGGCAAGCGACGCGGCAAAUACGUCCACUGGGAGCCAAUCUUCAUCGGCACUCACCAAGACCCUUACUACGACGAGCGGCUCAGCUGGGAGGGGAAGAAGGACAAGAUGACUCAGGGUUACAUCCUCUGCGUGAAGGAUUAUGACUUCAUGAUACUGAACAACGCGUUCCUCAUCCACAAGCCCGGAAUCAAGCAUUACGCCAAGAAUCCCAAGAGGGACGCGAUCGCCGGCCGACAGUCGAGCUUUGUUAAAAACGUCAUAAUGCCUGAACUCAAGAAACUCUAUGGCGUCAGAAAUGGAUGUGCAUUGUGAUCUAUAUACAGAUUAAAAAUUACGCACAACAAAAUUGCGCACUACACAAAUUAUAGAAAAAUGACUUGAGUUCGUAACCUUUGCCCUGGUUGGAAUACUAAAACGUAACGAAACAUAUCAUAUUAAAAAUAAGACGUAUUCGCUUUCUACGGUAGCAAUUAAUCUUAUAGAUUUUGUACUCAUUAUAUCUUUUGCGGACAUGUAUUCGAUAAGUGCCUAAUUAGUGAAUGUAAUGACCAAAAAUUGACUUCCUGACUCACACGUGUAUACCGUCUUUUUCUAAAUACAUAAUCUGUCCAAAUUGAUAAGUAUUUAGAAUUUAAUAUUUCAAAAUUAAGUCAUAUUUGGUUAAAUAAAUAUUAGUUAGGGCCUGUCCCACCACUGUCU